AUGCCAACAAACACAAAGCUGUGGCAAGAUCCAGUGCUUGGAUACUUUGAAACGCAUGGAAAAAUGAAAUUCAUUGCUGGAGAAGAUUACGGCAUUAGUGAUGAAGAGAAAAAGGCUGUAUUAUGGCGAUACCGUUUAAAAGAAAUUCUCAAGAAAGAAUAUCUUAGACGAGAAUACGAUCCGCAUGUCUUCAAAUACAGGGAAGGUGUGGUUAUGGAUCCAGCUGUUUUUCGCUGGUAUUCGGCUAAUGCGAUGCAAUAUGAGUUUUUCCGUUACACCCCACGAUCUGUGUUCCUUUAUGCUGGCUCAUUUGUCUUCAUAUUCUAUAUUCUGGUCAGAAUAAUGUUUCAAUUUGAGGAUCCUAGCCGCGACAUGUGCUUGGAUGGUGAAUUGCUGUGGUGGGAUCGUAUGUAUAAUCGUCAUGUGAACACGUGUGGCCACUUCCAUUUCAGUCCAACAUUUGUGAAUUAG